AUGGAUCCUCAGAAGCAGCAUUAUUAUUAUCAAUUUCCCCCUACUGGUGGACCUCCAGACCAGCCUGGACAGUCUCAACCAGGAUAUCAACAGCCUCCACCCGGAGCCUCGUAUUACCCUCCUGCCGGGCCACCUGUUCCUGGACAGCCCCCUUACCAGCAACAGCCUUAUUCUUUUUACAACACACCCCAGGGCCCUCCUCAGAAUAGUCAAUAUCAACAGCAAUCCCAGCAGUAUCCAUCAGGUCCACCUCGGGCUCCAGGACAAUACACUCUACCUCAACCUUACCCAUCUCAGCAACCACAGCAGGGACAAUACGAGAAACCGCCAGUUCCGUACCAUCAAUGGGGUCCUAGCUCUCGACAGAGCCCUCCUCAUAUUACUUAUCCACAAGCCCCGAUUCCUUAUUCUCUACAGCCGCAACAACACGGAGGUCCUCUGGGUGUUCCGCAAUGGCCGCAGCCUCAGCCUCAGCCUCAGUACUCCGAGCCCGGUUAUGGUUACGGCGUACCACCGACCCCUGCGUCGCCUGGUUAUGACCUAGCUCAGAGAGCGUUCGUGGCCCCCGUCGAUACGUCGGCCGACGUUGAAGCUCUUCGCAAGGCUAUGAAGGGCAUGGGAUGCGAUGAGGCGGUUCUAGUACGCGUACUCACUUCAUCCAAGUACGAGAAUCCGUGGGCGAUGGCUCAGCUUGUUGGUGAUUAUAACAAGCGCUUCAUCCGCGAUUUGGCCAAGGAUAUAGAAAGCGAAACACGUGGGGGUGUAGAAACCGCACUCCUCGCUCUGAUCCGAGGACCACUAGAACAGGAUGUGCGAGUCCUCAUUAAGGCUCUCGACCGAGCCGGCACAGAUGAAGAUGCCCUCAUGGAUGUUCUUUUAUGUCGAUCGAAUGCGGACAUUCGCGCAAUCAACGCCGAGUAUAAGAGAAUCAAGGGCAACGAACUCCUGGUAGAUAUCAAAGACGACGUAGAUGACACGUUGUUCCGGCUCUAUAGCAUGGUACUUUCUGCCACGCGUGCCGAAGAUGCAGCGCCCGUAAUCAGUUCGGAUAUCGAUCAAAAGGUGACAGAACUGCAGCGCGCGACUGAGGGCACGAUCGGCGCCAAUGCCAUCUCCGUGGCGCAAAUAUUCACGAAUUCUAACACCGCACAGCUACAGGCUAUUAGCAAGGCGUACGAGCGGAAGUACCACCGCUCGUUCGAGGAGGUCAUUGAGAAGGAGUUCCGCGGGGAUAUGGAGGACGCGCUCCUCUACAUGCUCGAGAACGCCAUCGACCGAGCACGCUUUGAUGCCAAGAGGCUGGAGAGGCCACUAUACAAGACUCCGCGCAAGGACCGGCUCUUAAUCAACAGGGUCGUUAGUCUGUACUGGAACCGUCCACGUCAGGAUAUGGCCAAGGCUGCUUACCAGGUACACUCUUCGGCCAGGACUUCAUUGCGUGCUGCGUUUAAGGGUGUCCUGAGUGGAGAUUACGAGGAUCUGAUGAUUGCGUUGAUUCGGGAGAGAAAGUGA